AUGGAGAUAGAUUUCUCUCUUAAUGAAGAGUUUGAGCACAUGGAUGACGAAAUGAAUGUCAACGUCUUUGAAAUGGAGAUAUCUAGGGCAGAAACAGAUUGCAAUGAUCCAAUUGCUCGUAGCUUUCUUAAUACUGUUGUUCGUAAUGAGGAAGAGGCUUACAAACAUUAUUGUGCUUAUGCACAUUACGUUGGUUUCGGUGUACGCAAGGACCACACAACUUACUGGGCUAAAUCCAAGCAAAUUAAGUUGAAGUAUUAUAUUUGUGGAAAAUCAGGUCAUAAAAGAGAAUCUCAGCUAGCCACUACUGUGAAGUACAGAAAAACGGAUACACGGACUGGCUGUCAAGCAAUGGUUCGCUAUGCUAUUGAUCUUGAUGGCAACUGGACCAUAGAGAAAUUUGUUGAAAGUCAUAAUCACCCCUUGGCGGAAUCCGGUGACAAGCACCUUCUAUGUUCCAGUCGGAAGAUUAGAGAGUUAAAUGCAAAUUUACUAAGAUCAAUGACAGGUUCUGGGAUUAGAGCAGCUGAUGCAUUCAAUUUCCAUGCUACAGAGGUUGGUGGUGUUGAAAACUUGGAGUGCAUUAGACAAGAUGCAUACAACUUCAUUCAAAGGGAUAAAAGAAGCAGAAUUGAACAGGGCGAUGUCAACUCUCUCUUACAAUUAUUCAUGGAGCGCCAAAAUGAAGAUAACAUGUUUGCAUGGGAUUUCCAAAGUGAUGACGAGGGCAGACUUACAAGAUUUUUCUUGAGUGAUGGGUCUUGCAAAUUAGAUUAUGAUUGUUUUGGAGAUGUCAUUAUUUUCGCACUAGCUACCGUUUGA